CCCUCUCCUUCCCACUGACACCAGCUUGGAUUUUUGGAUCUGUGCGUUUCCAGAAUGGCUCGCUUCGCGGACGAUCUCCCCACCCGCUAUGGAGGAGGCGCAGGCGGCGGAGGAGGGCGAGGAGGAGGCGGCGGCGGAGGAGGAGGACCGGGCGCCCCUGGGAGGGGGGCGCAGAGGAUGUACAAGCAGUCGAUGGCCCAGAGAGCCCGAACCAUGGCCAUCUACAACCCGAACCCCGUCAAGCAGAACUGCUUCACGGUCAACCGCUCCCUCUUCAUCUUCCGAGAGGACAACCUCAUCAGGAAGUACGCGAAGCGGAUCACAGAGUGGCCUCCCUUUGAGUACAUGAUUCUGGCAACCAUUAUCGCCAACUGCAUCGUCUUGGCCUUGGAGCAACAUCUACCAGCCAGUGACAAGACGCCCAUGUCUGAACGCCUGGACGACACAGAGCCCUACUUUAUUGGAAUAUUCUGUUUCGAGGCAGCCAUUAAGAUCAUCGCCCUGGGCUUUGCAUUUCACAAAGGCUCCUACCUCCGCAACGGCUGGAAUGUAAUGGACUUCGUGGUCGUCCUCACAGGGUAUUGA